AUAACGGAAAUAACAAUUGUUAUUACAAUAACCUUUCUUUAAUGUUAUGAUACGAAACAAUGAAGAAUAAGAAUAAUAACUGUAUAAAGAAAUAGUAGACCAGAUGUUACUUUCACUUGAUGAACAAUGAAACUACCAAAUGAUGACUAGUAUUUUGUCACUAGUGGUCUCUGCAUUAGUAUAACAACCGAAUUAUCAUCAUCGUUUAGUUACCACUUAAAUACAUAUAUUAUUAUAAUCUCUUAUUAUAAUAUGGUGACGGCUUGUAACAUAGUGAUUGUUAUAAUGCCAUUAAAAUCUUUAGUGAUUUUUGAGUAAUCUGUUCUUAAUCUUAUAGCAUCUUUUUUACCAAGAUAAAAGGAGAGGGGGUCUGUGGUACAACCUAAAAAGGCAUCAUAUCUUCUUGAUGCGAUACAAAUUGUUGGUUUGAUUGGAAAACUAGAUGGCAUCAUAGCAUGUAGGACCAUGCUCCAUUCUUUAGUUCAAAAAACUUCAAAACUUCAGAGAGAGAAAGAACACCAUUUUCCCUCCAAGUCUCUUCUUUCUUUUAACGUUAGCAGAAAAGUCCAACGGAAGGCGAGUUCCCAAGUUGUCCAUAUCCCUUUUCUACCGCAGUUAAAAAUGUUCUCGACUUCUUUAAAAUUAAAUACCCCACCCCUAUUCAUAUGCCCAAAAGCUCUGGUGCUCUUCCACUCUACCCCUGGUCCUCUUUGUUCCUUCCGUCCGAGCUCUCUCGGUGUCGAUAAUGGCAGCACCGGAAGAUCCCCGCCGCCGGCGCGUUGGCCUCCUGUAUGACGAGCGGAUGUGCCGCCACGCCACCCCCGACGGCGAGAUUCACCCGGAGAAUCCCGACCGGAUCCGCGCCAUCUGGCAGAAGCUCGAGUCCGAGGGGAUUCCCCAGAGGUGCAUAGUUCUGAGUGCCAAGGAAGCUGAGGACAAGUACAUAGCAUCUGUUCAUACCCAAAGACAUGUCAAACUGAUUAAGAAUAUCAGCUCAAAAAAAUUUAAUUCUCGACGUCUUAGGAUUGCCUCAAAUUUCAAUUCUAUAUAUUUUAACAAGGGUUCAUCUGAAGCUGCUUCCCUUGCAGCAGGUUCACUUAUUGAGGUGUCUGAAAAGGUGGCCAAAGGGGAUUUGGAUUCUGCUAUUGCCAUUGUGAGGCCUCCUGGCCAUCAUGCAGAACCUGAUGAAGCUAUGGGCUUUUGUCUCUUCAAUAAUGUUGCAAUUGCAGCUAAUUUUCUCUUGAAUGAAAGGCCAGAGUUAGGCAUAAGAAAGAUGCUAAUUGUGGAUUGGGAUGUUCACCAUGGUAAUGGCACUCAGAAUAUGUUUUACAAGGACCCUCGGGUAUUGUUCUUUUCUGUUCACAGGUCUGCAUGUGUCACUACAACAAGAAACUUGGUGGAGUCGGUUCCUCCUGAUACAGGCUGGUUUGCCCCUGCGGCAUACAGAACCUCGUUUCGGUACUUCAGGAGAAAGUAUAGCAUCAUAAUGUUUGAUUUUGGAAGCUUCUAUCCUGCUCGUGAUGAUGGUUCAUAUUGCAUGAUUGGUGAAGGGCCGGGUGCAGGAUAUAACAUCAAUGUUCCUUGGGAACAAGGACAAUGUGGUGAUGCAGACUAUAUGGCUGUCUGGGACCAUGUAUUGCUUCCUGUGGCCGAAUCUUACAAUCCUGACAUUAUAAUGAUUUCUGCUGGAUUUGAUGCAGCUGUUGAUGAUCCACUUGGUGGUUGUUGCAUCACCCCAUAUGGAUAUUCACUCAUGCUGAAAAAGCUGAUGGGGUUUGCUCAAGGAAAGAUAGUGAUGGCCCUCGAAGGAGGUUACAAUCUUAAGUCUAUAGCAAAUUCAGUUCUUGCUUGUGCAAAAGUUUUGUUGGAAGAAAAACCCUUAGUUGGAUCCAUAGAGGCACAACCUUUAGAGUCCACAUGGCGUGUCAUACAAGAGGUUUGUCAUGAACUAAAGACAUUCUGGCCGGCAUUGUCUGUUGAGUUACCACAAAAAUUAUUGGUUAGCUGUAGGAGACCUUGCUCAAUUGAGCUAAACUUGAGCUCUAGCUCUGAGUCUACUGUGGAGAAUGAUGAGGGAGCUUCCACCACUUUAUGUGCCACAAACUUCGUUGACAUUAUUGAGCCCCUUUCAAAGUUGAAUAUCGAUGAAGAUAAUCAUUGGAAAGCAGUUGCCCCAGACCACAUUCCAACUAAGCAAAGUUCUGUUGUUUUAUCUGAGGAAUGUCCUAAUGCACAAGCAUUGAUGCCCGAUAAGAAUGUUGAUGGUUGUACACCUUGGAGAUCAGUUUUAUCAGAAACUGAAGUUUGGUAUGGCAGUUAUGGAUCAAAUAUGUGGAACCCAGAGUUUCUCUGCUACAUCAAGGGUGGAAAGGUAAGAUGCUUAUCAUAUGGACAGGUGGAAGGUAUGAAUGAACCAUGUCCUGGAUCACGAGAUAAAAGUUCACCGAAAGAUGUCAUCUGGAAAACUGUGCCUCAUCGGCUAUUCUUUGCAAGGUCUCUCACCUGCAGAUGGGGUAAAGGAGGAGUUGCUUUUCUUCAUCCUGAAAGCAACAAGAAUGACAAAGCCUACAUGUGCAUGUAUAGAAUAACACUCGAGCAGUUCAAUGAUGUAUUGCUUCAAGAGAAUAGUUUACAUCAAGAGAAUGGUAGAAGUCAAGGUGCAGGAACGCCUUUAUUGGUUCUAUCUGAUAUUGGUGUUGCUGCCGAAAACAAGUCAUUGCCCCUAGAGGCUCUCAAGGCUGGAUGCUAUUCUAACAUCCUUUAUUUGGGGGAGGAGGAUAACCUUCCAAUCUUAACUAUGACGUGCUCAUGCUCAGAGAUUGAUCAAUUUAGAUCUGGGGAAUUACCUGUAUCUGGCCCUUCAAAUGGUUACAUGAAUACAUUAGUGAGAGGAUUGGUAGAAGGGAAACAGAUUACCAGAGAGGAAGCAAUUGCUUACAUUAAUGAUGCUGCUACCAGAGAGUUAUAAGUACUCCUUGGGCCCCUCAUUUUUUCGCAUGGCAAAUUGUGUAGGUACAACGAUUAACACUGGACCAAAAGCAUACAGCUCGACCCUUCAGUGUGUAUAGCUUGUCUUUUAGAAGUUCUUGUAUGGUCUGCACAAGAGUGUGUUAUUAGAAAAUGUUUUUUGUUGAUAUGGUUCGUCUUUAAUUUGGUUUUGUUCGUCUUUAAUUAUUAAACUGAUAAGAGUUAAAUAUGUAGGAUCGCAAACUUUAUUCCAUAUGCUUGCAUUCGUCAUUCUAAGAAGCUUUAAAAUUACAAGCUUUUACAAA